AUGGCUCUGAGAGUCUCCCGGGGCGGUCGUGGACGCGGACGAGGCAGAGGACGCGGUAGAGGAAAGACGCAGCUGUGGGAAUGGGAGUCAUACAAACCGGGUGCAGAGAUUUAUGAGCAGCUAUGGCGUAUCCGUAGAGAACCUGCCGUUGUUACCGCACAACCAUCCGACGAGUGUCCGAUACCACACGCCCAAACGCGAAUUCUUGAUCGACGACAAACCGAGGGCGCGGUAGUAAGAAAUUACUACGUUGUUCAAAUUGCACGUACUGGCGACAAUGAAGAACAUAAAGUCACAGAAGAGGUAGAUCUCAGUUGCAUAUUGCACUACGUCUCUUCCGCCGAAUUGGAGCGAUUUGAAAAUGAGCAGUUCAGACUCGAGGCAGAGGCAGAAGCUGUUGCGGUACAGGCAGAGAUUGACGAGCUGAUGCGCCGGCAACUGGAAAAGAAUGCAAGAGGAGCCAAGACCACUGGAGCAGGAAGCCGGAUGCUUAAUGGACUAGGGUUACCUUCAGAUGUACCGAUGCAGACAAGAGGCAGGCCUCCAGGGAGACGUGGCAGAGGGAGAGGCAGAGGCAGAGACGGAAGCCUGGCUAUGCGUCAAGGCGAUUUGGGCGAGCAAUUUGACAAUUCUACCAUGUUUCCGGACCAAGUAGCCCAGGAUAUACCUCCAGUAAUUUCAGAAACCGAUGGUGAAGAGAACCAAGAUUCGGACGCGCGAAUCCAACCGUCUCCAGGUCUGAUGCGCUCGGCAUUUUUUGCUAAUAGCGCUCUGCCACUGUCGCCUGUUACAAAGAGACUAUCCAUUCCCGACGCCUACGACACCCAAGAGGAUAAAGCAGACAAUUUACCUACACCCAUUGCGCAACAAGACUGCGGACUAGACGAAAACCAGCACCGUAUCAAAAGGCUGAAACCCGGAAACCCAGACUCGGACCAAGAUACAUCAGCACCGUCCCCUCCGCAAAUACCGACAGAAGCAUUCUCAGCAGCCCUCUUCUCGGACCGCUCCUCUGCCAUAGACGCAAACUCGAGUCCCCUUGUUCACGAGGAUAUCGCAGCAAUACCGCCGACCGAUUUGCCCGCACUAGGAUCGCCCAUGUUUAGAUCCUCCGACUCUGGCGACUCGAUCCCCGCAUAUGCGCCGUCGGGCUCUGCUAAUCCUAUACAGCCAUGUCCAUCUGCACUCAGAGGCGGAGUGGACAGCGACACUAUACACAUGACUGCGGAUUCCAUCAUGGAAGACGAAAGCGGUAAUGCAAAUGGCAACGACAAUGAAGCCACAGACGAAUUCGUGGUUGAAGCGAUUGAAGAGCAUUAUGAGGAUGGGGAUAAGACGUAUUACCUGGUCAAGUGGGAGGGGUAUGAGGAUAGUCGUGAUUGGUUGGCAGAAGAGGAUUUGCAUGGUGCGAGGGAGGUUGUUGUUGAAUAUCAUGCUAGAAUUCGGAGGGAGGAGGAGAAGAAGCCUGUCCCCAAGAAAGGGAUGUUUUUUAAAUGA